GCAUCAUCGUCGUUAUCACACUUUACCAUUGCCAUCACAGCUGCGACCACCUCUAUCAUAUCAAUCUAGACCCCAACGGCACUAUUAGUGACAUACGCUACAUAGCCUAUUGCGUCAUUCAAUCGCUCGGCAGCCGCACGAUCUCGUUGAAUCGCGGCACUACGGCACUUCCAGACCCCGCCUCAUCACUAAAUUGUUCUGGCAUAGUCGCCUAGCCUCAUGUCUGUAUGAGUGGUCAAUCAACUUCAUUUCCAUCAUUACAUGAUGCAUCAAAUUCUUCAGCCAUGUCCAACAACAAACCCUUGGCGAGCCGCCCGUUGGAGUCAACGCUCAAGGUCGACACGGAAAAUGCCAGUAACAGCGGCACCACACAUGAUGUCACCAAAACCGGCAGCGAUAUAGCCGAUGAGCUGGCCUCAUCAACACUAUCAGCAAGCUCUGUCACCUCACCGCCGUAUUGGACUCACGCCAACUACCGCCAACGAAGCGCAUCUGAGAUGUCAGCCGACUCGGUGCUGCCAGCUGGUGCCAUUACUCUCCUGGACAAUGAGACUGAUCGAGGCAACGAUCGCAACAAUGCUUGCUGGGCCAAGAAGGUCGAAAUUACCGACUACCUAGUAGUAAAUGGCAGUGCUACCAAUAUCGGCGCAUUUGUUGUCUGGAAUAUAAGAGUAGAGACUCUCAGCGGCGGACAUAUGAACCUGCGCAAGAGAUAUUCAGAGUUUGAUGAUUUUCAUCAUCGCCUACUGCAAUCAUUUCCAGGCUUCGAGGCGACGAUCCCCUCACUACCACCAAAGAGCAUGGUGUCAAAGUUUCGCCCCAAGUUCUUGGAGAAGCGCCGCGCGGGUUUACAAUAUUUCUUACAUUGCAUCAUGCUCAACCCAGAAUUUUCAGGGUCGCCUGUUGUCAAAGAAUUUCUAUUCUCACGAGACUGAUGCCGCCAUGGCUUUGCCUUGAGCAUUUUCUAGCGAGCGGGUUGCUUUCUUGUUUUCCUGUAUAUAUGUAUCUACUAUAAACAUCCGUUUCGUAUAUAACAACCGAGUCGUGUAUUUUCUCUGCUUAUUGGACUGUAUACCAUCAUCUGAGCUCUCUUAGAAGUCCAUGAGAUCAAUCUUCUAGGAAAAUUUUACG